AUGAGUGCUGAUGAUAUCCGUGCCAAAAGAUUAGCUAAUUUGUCCAGAUUAGGUGGUGGUAGUAAUAAUUCCAGUAGUUCUGGAAAUUCAAACAAUACCAGUAACACCCCACCAUCUGCACCAGAAACCAAAAGAGCUAAACCUGAUUUGCCAUCCCCACCCAAACCACCUAAAUCAAUUGAUCCUCCAGUAGAAACAAAACCUGUUAAAGUUGAUAAAGUUGAAAGUCCUCCAGUGAAUGCUGAAGAACAAUUAUCCAAAUGGUUGAUGAUGGAAGUUAAAGAUACUCUCCAAAUCACUGUUAAACCAGAAGAAUCAACUAGUAAUCUCAUUUAUUUAGAAUCGUUAGCCAACGAACUCACUGAUAGAUCUAUUGAAGAAGAUGAUUUAGAACUGUCAUUUAUGGAAAUCUUAACCGAAGCAGGAAUUCCAACCGAUUAUAAAUUUUCUAUUGAAUACCUUUAUACCAUUUAUCAAAAAUCUUUUAAAUUAAAGAGAAUUUUACCCAAAAAAGAUAUAAAUUAUGACAAGAAAAUCAGUAUUAUCAAUAAAAUCAUAAACUUCAGUUGUUCAUUUGGUUUCAUUUGCUUUCAGAUUUCAGAUAUGUUCAUAAAUAAUGAUUUACCCAAAUCAAUUGAUUUUUUCGUAAAUGAUCAUGAAACUCAUUCAUUUUUGAUUGAUAUCAUUAAUAAGAGUAUAGAACAAGAUAGUUUACUAGACUUGUUACAUUUAUUUAUGCCAAUGAUUUCGAGUAAGUUAUAUAAAGCUAAUUUGAAUGAUACUAAUUAUAACAAAUAUUUGAGUAUAAUUGAAUUAUUUGUCAAUAUGAAACCUGUGGCAGCUGUUUUCCAUCAAAUUGAUGGAUUCCAACCUCCUGAUGAAGGUCAAUGUUUGGAUUAUGAACAUAAAACUUUAUUAGGACCAAUUUUAAGAUUAUCACCAUUAAUCGAUAAUGUUGCCAAUUAUUAUUUUGGUGCAAAUUUCAAUAGUAACAAUUAUUCUUUGGUUAAUUCAACUUAUGAUUCUUUAACCAAUGAAUAUAAAGUAGUCAUUGACAGAUUGUUUUAUAUUAUAGAUAAGUUGGUUCGUGGAGGAGCAGAGGUCAGAAAUCAUUUAUUACAAUGGUUUAGUAAAUUAAUCAAUUUGAGUCAUUUAAGAACAGGUUCUCAUGCUGAUAGUUCAAAAUUACCUUCUGAUGGUAUGAUGUUUAACAUUUCCAUCAUUUUAAUCAAAUUAAGUUUACCAUUUUUGGAUUAUCCAAAUUUUGGUAAGAUUGAUAAAAUUGAUAUUGAUUAUUUAGGUAAGAACAAAUUAGUUGACUUGAAAGACGAAACUAGAGUUAAUUCUUCGAUCCAAGAGUCUACGGAUUUUUACAAAGACAUACAAGGUGAUACCAAUUUCAUAAGUGAUUGUUUCUUUAUCACUCUUACUUAUUUGAAUUAUGGUAUUGGUGGUAUAAGUGUAAGAUAUGAUAAGUUAAAAAACCAAAUAAACCAAUUACAAGAAAGGGUUGAUAUGAUUGAAAGGAAUGAAGUUCCUGCUGGUAGUAAUCCAAUGAUGAUCAAUUUCUUAAGAUCUCAAUUACCCAAGUUGAAUCAACAAUUGAAUUAUUUAAAAUCCUUCAAACAUGUAACAAAAGCUAUUUUCAAUUAUCGAUCAUUACAAUUUGAAAUUUUUGAUUUCAUAAUCGGAGCUUCAGUGUUUUUAACCAGAGUUAUUGAUCCUCAACAUAAAUAUCCUCAAACUAAGUUAUCCAUCCCAAUCUUCAAAAUUAAUAAAGUAAGUGAACUUGAUGAUCAAGAUUUCUUGAGAACUAAAUGUCCUGAACCAUGGAAAUAUUUCCCUGAAUUUUGGGUUGAAGGGAUUAUUAAUUACUGUAAAUUCACUACUAAAUUCAGAGGAUGUCCCUUGGUUAAUAAUUUAGAGAAAUUAUCGAAAUUUGUUGAAUUUACAAUCAUUUUACUUAGAUGUCCAGAAGUCUUAGGUAAUCCUCAUAUGAAAUCCAGCAUCAUUGAAAUCUUAUUUAUUGGAUCUUUACCUUUAACCAAUGGAGAUCCUGGAUUCAUGGCAGAUAUUUUUAAUAACAAUGAAAUUGUAAAGAAUAACAUUUUAUACUCACUAUUAGAUAUCUAUGUUAUGAUUGAAAAGACUGGUGCAUCAUCCCAAUUUUAUGAUAAGUUCAAUUCUCGUUAUUAUAUUUCCAUCAUUUUAGAAGAAUUAUGGAAAAAUGAUUAUUAUAGAAAUCAAUUAAAGAGCUAUUCCAUAAAGAAUGUUGAUUUCUUCAUUAGAUUUAUUGCUAGAAUGUUAAAUGAUACUACUUACUUAUUAGAUGAAACUUUCAAUGAAUUAAAUCAAAUUCAUGAUUGUCAAGUUGAAAUUAAACGUAGACAAAAUGGUCAAGGAGAAAAUGAAGAAUUGGGUACUACUGAUGAAUUGAUUAAAAACUUAGAAUCAAGUGAAAGAAAGGCUAAAAGCUAUAUGGGAUUAAGUAAUAAAACUAUGGAAUUAUUCAAAUUAUUUACUAAAGAAGUACCAAAAGGUUUUGUAUUACCAGAAUUAGUCGAUAGAUUAGCAGGGAUGUUGAAUUAUAACUUAUCGGCCAUGGUAGGACCAAAAUGUAAGAAUUUGAAAGUUGAAGAUCCUACUAAGUAUGAUUUUGAUCCUAAAACCACCUUACAAGGAUUAUGUGAAGUGUAUUGUAAUUUAUCAAAAGAAACAGAAUUCAUUAAAGCUGUUAGUAGAGAUGGUAGAUCUUUCAAUAUUGAAUGGUUCAAAAAAGCUGUUAAUGUUUUACGUACCAAAACAUUAACUAACCCCAAAAUUAUUGAUCAAUUAAUGGAAUUGGGUGAAGUAGCUGAAAAACAAAGAUUAGAAGAUGAACAAGAAGAAUUAGAAUUAGGUGAAGUACCUGAUGAAUUCUUAGAUCCUUUGAUGUAUACAAUUAUGGAAGAUCCUGUUAUAUUACCAACAUCAAAAGUUGUCAUGGAUAGAUCAACUAUAAAAGCUCAUUUAUUAAGUGAUCCAACUGAUCCUUUCAAUAGAUCACCAUUGAAAUUAGAAGAUGUUAUUGAUGAUAUUGAAUUAAAGGAAAAAAUUCAACAAUUUAAAAGAGGAGGUAAGUAA